CACGUUGAACGAAAAAAAAAGCUACCCACCGGAUUGCUCAGUUCCAUCAAUUUAGCGGGUAAAUGGCAGUGGUCCCGCAUGAUUAGUGGUUUUGUGGUGCAUGAUCUUCCAUCGAGAGCAAACCGAAAACAAAGGGGCAAUAAAGGCACUCGAUCGGCCGUCGUCGCCCUUUGGACGCAUGGCCACAACGAGCGAACCGCUGCUCUCCAAGAGCUCUCGUCCGGAUGACCGGAGCGAAGAGCAUGGCAGCGCGAUCGCCGCCCAUCCGUCAAUUGUCUUCGUGGCAGAGAUCGGAAAAAUCAGAGACAUCGGCUCCAUAAGCGGACCGGGAGAUUUCUGGAGGGAGUUCGUAGUGGAGUCCAAGAAGCUAUGGUACCUCGCCGGCCCCGCCAUCUUUACCUCCAUAUGCCAGUACUCCUUGGGCUGCAUCACCCAGAUGUUCGCUGGCCAAGUCGGCACGCUCGAGCUCGCCGCCGUCUCCGUCGAGAACUCCGUCAUCGCCGGCUUCUCCUUCGGUGUCAUGUUGGGGAUGGGGAGUGCUCUGGAGACGCUGUGCGGGCAAGCGUAUGGGGCGGGGCAGCUGGACAUGAUGGGGGUGUACAUGCAGCGGUCGUGGGUGAUCCUGAACUCGACGGCGCUGCUGCUGAGCCUGCUCUACGUGUUCGCGGGGCCGGUGCUGCGGCUCAUCGGGCAGACGGAGGAGAUCGCGGGCGCGGCGGGGACGUUCUCGGUGUGGAUGAUCCCGCAGCUGUUCGCGUACGCGAUGAACUUCCCCAUCGCCAAGUUCCUGCAGGCGCAGAGCAGGAUGAUGGCGAUGGCGGUCGUGUCGGUGGUGGCUCUGCUGCUGCACAUAUUGUUCAGCUGGUUGUUGAUUCUGAGGCUGGGGUGGGGGCUGGUCGGGGCGGCGGUGGUGCUCAACGCCUCCUGGUGGCUCAUCGUGCUCGGCCAGCUCGCCUACAUCUUCGGCGGGGCCUGCGGCCGGGCUUGGUCGGGCUUCUCCUUGAAGGCCUUCGCCAACCUUUGGGGAUUCGUCAGGUUGUCCCUCGCCUCCGCCGUGAUGCUCUGGUAACAACCAAUCAAGGACCUCCUUCUCAUCAACUUGCUCAUUUAUUUAUUUAUUUAUCUAUAUUUGUUUCAUCUCUCACAUUUCUUCUUGAUAAUUAAUGUUCUUUGUAUGA